AUGAAAUUUUUGAUUGUUAAUGGAUUUACUGCAAAUGCUUCUCACUCAAAGAUCUUUAAUCAGUUUAAAUAAUAAAUAUAUGAGGUAUUACUUCAAAAUAGCUAGCUCACAUAAACCCAGAAGGAAGUCGCCGAUCUUGAUUUUGAAUUUAUCGAGCUUGAUAGACAUAAUUUAGAAGAUUAUUUAUUUGAGCCAGAAACAUCUCACAUUAGACCUGAAAAAGGGCAGAAAUUUAAUUCAUUAGACAUGGUUUUUAUAAUCGCAUCUCCAAAUACAAGGCCAUGGAAUCCAAACAUGAGGAAUGUAUCGAUAUAUUUGCUAUUCUAGAUUAUCAGUCUAAUAAGAAUGUGCAUCAAAACUAAGAAACUAUUAUUUAUGACAUCAUUUGGAGCUCAAGCACUUGCAUAUUUAUGUGCUUCCAAUAUUUCGACACAUAUUAAUAUUACGAAUGGAAAUGGAGAAGGCAGCAAAUUGGUUGAUUUUCCAAAGUACACUCUUUAAGCAUUAAAAAAUUCUCAUGACGAUUAUUUUUUGGAUACAACAACAGGAGAUUUAUACACAUACAAUAAAGUUACAGACGAAUGGAUGCCUAAAUGUAAUAUUGGGAUUCAUCACAGAAGAGAUGCAAUGGAAUAUUAAUCUAUAGGAAAGUAUGUUGUAAAAUCCCCUGCUUAUAAACCUAAAUAAGCAAUGCUCAGCAAUCAAACAGAAAUGACUUGCAUAAUCAAAAAGCCAUUUUUACAUUAUUGGUUAUUUAAAGAUGUUAAUAUUGAGUUUUAAAUUAAACAAUCAAAUACCUGGGAUAUACAUACAAUCACAUUCACGAAUCCAGAUAAAAGAUUUUUAUCAUUGGCUGAAAAUAACCUACGAGGUCCCUUAAUCUUAUAAUGUGAUAACAUAAUAGCAGUGUUAUUUGAACUAGAUUAUAAAUAAAAAGAUUAAACUAACUUGUUAUCUAAUUUUAUAGAAAAUGGUAUCAAGGUAAUAAGAUAUUCAAAUACAUAUAAUACAAUAAGUAUUAUUAAUGAAAGGUAAUACUGUUCUCCAAGAGGAUUAGAAAACAUAGAAUUGAUCUACAAUUAAGAUACAAAAAAGAAAACCCAACAUUUAUAAGAAGAUAUAAUGAAGAAUUAACAUAAAGCUUAUGUGAAGGAAUAUCGCAAAUUAGUCAAUAAGGCAAUUCUAGAUACUGAGAAAGAGAGAGAUAAGAUAUUACAUGUUGGGUUCUCUGUGAAGAAAAAUCGUUUACCAGAUGUUGUUGAAUAAAAUAAUAUACAGCAGAAAACAUUGAAAGCGAAUCAAAGAAAAUCUUUUCUUGUGAAAAAAGAGAAAUUUUACUUAAAUUUUGAAUCACUUAAACAUAAUUUAGAUGCAAAUCAAAGUUACAAAAAUAAUUCAACUAGCCGAUAGCAUGUAAAAUUACGAACUGAACCCAAAGUGACAUUUCAAGCCAAUGAUGAGGUUGAUGAUUCAAACUUACUUCAAACCUACAGAGUUUUAUCUCAAGUUGAAAUCAGAAGAUAGUUACAUCCUUCACUAAAUCAAGAAUUUUUGGGAUCUCAAAAGAUAUGGAUUCCAGGAUUCUUGAAAUAAAAUAAAUCUAAGUUCUCCUAAUCCUAGCCGAAUUCUGGUAGAUAAACGUUUUAAUAACUAAUUGAUUGA